AGGAAGCGAGCAGACAUAAACCCAGUACUGUCCAGUGGAUUCCGAACCAGGAGAAGAACUGUAUUUAAGCUUGAGGCGGUGCAAUUUACGCCUGCGCAGAUUAGGAGGGGAGACUUAAGAGAGGCGAUAAAUCUGGGUCAAAGGUAGAGAGAAUGGCCUGUCCCUGUCCUGCCAUGAGUAACCUGGUGCGGACCGAGCCGCUGCGCGGGGAGCCCCCUCUGCUGGUGCCUGGUGGCACCUACUCCGUCGUGGUUCUGCUGCAGGGCUACGCGGAGCCCGAAGGAGUCAGUGAUGCCGUGCGCGCCGAUGGUUCCGUGACCCUUGUGCUGCCCCAAGACUGGGCCCUGGGCUCCAGCCACCGAGAGCCCCCUUCCGGGGACGGCGGGUCGAAGAGCGCCCUGAAGGAGGCGGCCCGUGGCCCUAUAGUCGUGGACACUGGGGGCCCCUGGGCUCGGGAGGCGCUGCUGGGGGCCCUAGCGGGGCAGGGCGUGGCCCCGGGAGACGUGACUCUGGUAGUGGGGACCCACGGGCACUCUGAUCACAUCGGGAAUCUGGGGCUGUUCCCGGGGGCGGCUCUUCUGGUCUCGCACGACUUCUGCCUCCCGGGGGGCCGCUACCUCCCCCACGGGCUAAGUGAGGAGCGACCCCUGCGGCUGGGUCCCGGUCUCGAGGUGUGGGCCACGCCGGGCCACGGGGGUCAGAAGGACGUGAGCGUGGUGGUGGCGGGCACAGCCCUGGGCACCGUAGUGGUGGUGGGCGACGUGUUUGAACGCGAUGGGGACGAGGACUCCUGGCAGGCACUGAGCGAGGACCCGGUGGCCCAGGAGCGGAGCCGGAAGAGGAUCCUAAGCGCUGCCGAUGUGGUCGUGCCUGGUCACGGCGCCCCCUUUAAGGUGGUCAGGGAAGACUCAUAGCAGAGACAAAGGGUUCCGGCAAGACCAACAGGAACUCGAGGUGGGAAACUAGGAGGUCAUCCUCCACCGACAAGGACUGGGAAGGUGCUGAACUCUUGUCAGGAAAGCCCUCCAGGCCCAGGAACUGGCUUCCAGGAGACAGAGGACCCCAUCAGCUAGAGAUGGAGAGGAGUCAAGGAUGGUCACUUCUAGCCCUUGCAAAAGGCAGGUGUUCUGAUGAAGACAGACUACUCCUCUAGCCACUGCCACCACCAGUAUCACUUUAUGCCAGUGUCUGGAAUCAGACUAGGGCCAGGGACUGGCUCAGCUCUGUGUGUAACCUCCCAGGCUUUCAUGGGUUAAAUGGGGAGAAUGUUCUUGUGAGUCCACCAAAAUAAAAAUAAUAAAUAUAGAAAACUGCACUGGAAAUUAUACUGCCGCAAUAUAAAUGUAAAACAUUAAUGGUGAUAACCAUUUACCAAUACCAGUUGCCAUGGAUUCUGUACCAACUCAUGGUGACCUCAUGUGUGUCAGAGUAGAACUGUCCUCUGAGGGUUUUCAGUGGCUGACUUUUCCAAAGUAGAUCACCAGGCCUUUUUUCCAAGGUGCCAGUAGGUGGACUUGAACCUCCAACCUUUCUGUUAGCACUGAGCAGAUUUACCAUUUGAAUCGCUCAGGGUCUCUAAGUGAUAACCAUGCAUAUAUAGUAAUCAGCAACUGCUGCAGGGAGGGGCUUUGGCCAGUUGCCUAUUUCUCACAGGGUGUAGGCUGCCGAGAGAAGGUGCAGGACAUAGAGGUGACAUGUCAGUUAUCUCACUUUCAUUCAUUCAUUCAAUGAAUUUUUGGAAUCUGCAAUUUCUCAGACACCAUUCUAGGUCGUGGGAGUCUGGGUGGUGCAAGUGGUUAAGUGCUCAACUACUGGCCAAAAGGUUGGUGGUUCAAACCCUCCCAAAGGUGCCUCAGAAGACAGGCCUGGUAAUCUGGUUCCAAAAGGUCACAACUUUGGAAACCUUAGGGAGCCUCCAUGAACAACUACCUCUUUUGCCAUGAAACCAGAAGAACUGAAUGAUGCCCAGCUACCAUUACUGAACAUUCAAAAAUUUAUAUACACCUUGCUCUCCCCCUAAUGAGACAGCACACUCCUCUCCACCCUGUAUUUCCGUGUCCAUUCAGCCAGCUUCUGUCCCCCCUGCCAUCUCGUCUCACCUCCAGACAGGAGCUGCCCACAUAGUCUCAUGUGUCUACCUGAUCCAAGAAGCUCACUCCUCACCAGUAUCAUUUUCUAUUUUAUAGUCCAAUCUAAUCCCUGUCUGAAGAGUUGGCUUUGGGGGGAUGGUUCCUGUCUUGGGCUAACAGAAGGCCUGGGGACCAUGACCUCCAGGGUCCUUCUAGCCUCAGUCAGACCAUUAAGUCUGGUCUUAGAAUAUGAGGCCUGCAUCCCACUGUUCUUCUACUCCUUCAGGGAUUCUCUGCUAUGUUCCCUGUCAGGGCAGUCUUCCGUUGUAGCCAGGCACCAUCUAGUUCUUCUGGUCUCAAGCGGAUGUAGACUCUGAUUUAUGUGGCCCUUUCUGUCUCUUGGGCUCAUAAUUACCUUGUGUCUUUGGUGUUCUUCAUUCUCCUUGGCUCCAUAUAGGUUGAGACCAACUGAUGCAUCUUAGAUGGCUGCUUGCUAGGGUUUAAGACCCCAGAUGCCACUCUCCCAAGUGGGACGCAGAAUUUUUCUUGAUACGUUUUAUUAUGCCAGUUGACCUAGAUGUCCCCUGAAACCAUGGUCCCCAAACCCCAUCCCUGCUACGCUGCCCUUAGAAGCAUUCAGUUUAUUCAGGAAACUGCUUUUGGCUUAGUCUAUUUGUGCUGACCUCCCCUGUAUUGUGUGUCUUUCCCUUCACCUAAAUUAGUUCUUGUCUACUAUCUAGUUAGUGAAUACCCCUCUCCCUCCCUCUCUACUCUGGCGUAACCAUCAAAGAACAUUUUCUUCUCUGUUUAAACGAUUUCUUGAGUUCUUAUAAUAGUGGUCUCAUACAAUAUUUGUCCUUUUGCAACUGACUAAUUUCACUCAGCGUAAUGCCUUCCAGAUUCCUCCAUGUUAUGAAAUGUUUCAUGGAUUCAUCAUUGUGUGAAUGUGCCAUAAUUUAUUUAUCCAUUCAUCCAUUGAUGGGCACCCUGGUUGCGUCCAUCUUUUUGCUAUUGUAAAGAGUGCUGCAGUGAACAUGGGUGUGCAUUUAUCUGUUCAUGUAAAGGCUCUUACUUCUCUAGAAUGUAUUCCAAGGAGUGGGAUUGCAGGAUCGUAUGGUAUUACUGAACAUUUUGAUCAAAGAUUCUAUGGAAGAAUCUUUGAUGAAAAGAGUGGAAAUGCAGAAGAGAAUUUCAGAUUCUCAUGGACUCCAGAUUUUUUGGAGCCACGGAGGCUGGAUGAACCCCUGGAACUAUUGCCCUGAGAUAAUCUUUAAACCUUAAACCAAAAAUAUCCCUGAAGUCUUCUUAAAACCAAACAAUGGUUUAGUUUAACUGAUAAAAAUGCCUGUCUUGAGCAUGUGCUCUUAAGAUCUAUCUGUAUGGGGUCAAACUGACAAUAACAAUUUGAAAGAUUAGAUAGGAAACUUAGGGUGCAGUUAGUUUAUGUUAAUGUGGAAUGAACAACUCAGGAAAGAAGGGUGAGAGUGGUUGCACAACUCGAAGAAUGUAAUCAAUGUCACUGAAUUGUACAUGUAGAAAUUGUUGAAUUGGUGUAUGUUUUGCUGUGUAUAUCCUCAAUAACAACAAAAACCCUAUGGAAUGGUUACACUCUGCAACACAUACUUUGCCAUGAGUUGAAUGAAAUCAACUUGAUGGCAACUGACAACAAAUUCUAGGCCAUGGAGAUAUAGCAGUGAGUGAGCUGGACAAACUCCUUACCCCUCGUGGGGAUUAUAUUCUAUUAAGACAGACAGACAGACAAGUAAACAACAAUAAUAGUAGUAAACCAAUAAUUGCAGGUUGUGGUUAGUGAUGAGAACAAAAGGCAGGGUAAAGAGGGGAUAGUGUGCUGAGGUGGGAGAGAGAGCUAUUUUAUUUAAGAUGGUCAGGAAAAGCCUCUGUGAGGAGAUGAUUAAUGAGAGAAGUAAAUGAGAAGAAAGCCAGCCAAAGAUGUGGGGAAGGGCACCCCAGGCACAAGGAACAGAAGAUAUAAAGGCCCCAAGGCAAAAAGGUUGACAUGCUUGAGCAGCAAGAAAACCCAUGGGUUUGGACUGCAACAUGCCUGGGAAGAGUGGUAAUAAAUGAGACUGCAGUUAGAUAGGAGCAUCAUAUAGGGUCUUGGGGACUACAGUAAGUGGUUUGGAUUUAUACCAAGUGGGAUAGGAAGCUUUUGGGCUUUUGAGCCGACUAAUAACAUGCUCUGGUUUGUGCUUGGAAAUAAUCACUCUAGUUCUGAGUGGAUGAGAGGUUUUUGCCACCAGGGCUCCUAUGGGGUAAGAACAGGAAAAAAAAACCCAUUGCUAUGGAGUCGAUUCCUACCCAGCGACCCUAUAGGAUAGCGUAGAACUGCCCCAUAGGGUUUCUAAGGCUAUAAAUCUUUACGGGAAGACUGCCACAUCUUUUUCCCACAGAGUGGCUGAUUGGUUCUAACUGCCGACCUUCUGGUUAGCAGCCGAACACUUCACCACUGUGCCACCAGGGCUCCUAAGAAUAGAAUCAACCAGUAUAAUUAGGAAGCUAUUGCAGUCUUCCAGGUGAGAUAAGUUAAUGGCCUCUGCCCUUCUCCCAGAAGUUCUCUCAUGGCUGUGGUUCUCUCCACAACUGUGUCCCAGUCCCCAGGCCCUCCAUCUGCACAGCCCCAGGACCAAUGGAAGCACUCAGGUGGGAGAGACCAAAGAGAGGAGCAAGUUCUACCUCAUUGUAUGAGCCACUUUGGGUAGAUAUCUGGCAGGACUAGGCUGGAGGUCAUUUCCCAGGCAUCCAUGAAGGCCACGCAGAGGUCAGCAAACACAGAUUUGUGGCCAGUGUUCCAGUUUGAUGAUUAUAAGAGUGCUGGGUUCCUAAGCUAGCAGUGUAGCCAUUGCUGCCCGGAUCCUUGCCAGUUGUCGGACAAAGAUGGAUAGAGGGAAGGCGGUAAAGUAACCCAGAUCCAGCACCACCAUGAUGUGGGGGCUCCCUGCCAGGCCCCCCAGCUCCUGGGCCACUGAGUACAGGAAGGCCACUGGAGCCCUGCCUGAUAGGUAGAAUGUAAACCCACCAGCUUCAGGGCUGUAGAGAGGACGAAAGAGGAGGGUUAAGGGUUAUUUAGAGCUCUCUACUCUUCAACUUGCAGUAACAUUCCACACCAGACUUACUUACCAGGAUAUAGCCCAUGCCUUAGGCCUGACCAUUCAGAGCAACACACCCCUUUGGCCACAAUGAUCGUUUCCUGAAUGGGCAGGUCACCUAAGCUAGUCCAUUCUUAGUAAUCUCAAUGUUUUUGCUGGAGCUAGUGGAAAAGAGCCAAGCUCUUUCCUGCAAGACGUGACAUGCCAGGUGGCCAUCUUACAUGUUGUUUUAGCACUGGGAGAGACCAGAGCUGC